AAUGUUUUUUCAAAAUGAUAGAAGACAUUUUUGGCAGUUAAAAAAAAAAUAGGUAGUUUUGAUUUCAGCUUGAACUGUAUUUAAUAAAGCAACAUGAAACCAAGGAACACCUCGAUUGUCAGCAUUAGUCAUAUUAUUCAGCAGGCCGGCGUAAAUAACACGUUUAACAUCAAAGUUCACGUUUAUUGACGCACGCCAUCACGCCCCAUCGAUGCGUCUAAAAAUACCCGCGUCUUGCAGUCUAUCGGUUUUCGAACGCACCUCCACCUCCAGUCUGCUGGAGGCCGCCAUUGAGAUCGCAAUUUUACCGCGCUUUUCGCAACAUAUAUUUUUCGUAAAAUACUUUUUUGUUUGGAACAACUGCAAUUAUAGUGUUAUUAAAAUUUAUAUUUAAUAGGUGAUUUUUUUAUAAUGAUGGCGUUGAAAAUGGGCUUGAGAUUGCCGCCUUUGAUUUUAUUGGUAUUUAUUUGUGCGGAUGUCAUGGCGAAGGAUUCGGCGGAAUUGACGGAGCCUGUUGGAGAGACUAAACAGACCGUUAAGGUCAACACCGGCGCCCCGCUGAUGUUCGCCGACGAACUAAAACAGACGCUGGAGAAGUACCUCUUCGGGAUGUGUCCCAGUGGCUACAAGUAUCUUUCACAGAUGCCAAAGCCGAAGAACGCGACCGCGGUCAGCUGCGACCUGGACACGGAGCAGCAGGACCUCGCUGGAAGAUUAGCGGCCCUAGCGCUCCGAGCGCACUCGGCCGGACGCGGCGACUGCUCGCGGCUCGGCGUCGCGCUCGCGAACACGUUCGGCGAGCUUGCUCGCACCGCCGCCAACAGGCACGCGCUCAACCAAGCAGCGACAAACGAAGCGAACAAGAAACGCAAGCUCUCGAAAAGCCAGAAAGCGAAGAUCCAGGCGAAGCAGCGGACCGCGCUCGCCGUCAAGAAGAAGGCUGCUGCCUUAGCCGCCGCCGCUGCUGCUAAAAUGUCUGCGUAGACAUUAGACAUUAUUAGCUUUAACUUUAAAUAGUUAUUUCCUUAGUUAACUUAUAUUGUUCAUAAGAAAUAUUUCUGGAGAAGACGUAUUUCUUAUCGUCGUUGAGAAUGCUAAAUUCGGUAUGAGCGCGUUUUUAUCAAACUAAAUAAUACCUUAUGUAUUUUUUAUCUAGGUAACUAUUUGUAAAAAAUCGAGCACAUUAUGGAUUUGGCAUUCUCAACGACGUUAUGUAAACUAAACUUAGUCAAUAAAUACUAAACUUAAAUAUAAAAAUACUCUAAACAUGUAUAAAUAAAUAUAAAUAUAAACUAAAGUUAAUUAUAUAUAUAUAUAUAAACACUCAGUACACGUUACUAAAUACAUUGUUUAAAAUAUGGCACCAUCUAAA